UAAUAAUAUCGUCGUAAACUUAAUAAUGUUGUUGUAAACUUAAUGAUAUUGUCGAUGGACAUAAUUUAUGUGCAUAGUUCAGACUUUUCUAAGCUUUUACUGUUUUUGAUUAGCCGUACCAAGAUCACUACACUUUUCUACUGCGUGGAUUAAUACAUCAUAAAGUGAAGACUGGAUAGCGUGUAAAGAAUUCGUUUUUCGUAAAAAUUGUAGUUUCUCCAAUUCCAAAAAUGAGGCUUGUACACAAGACGUUGCUGGUUCUCUCUUGUGUGGGACUUGGUGCUCUUCUCUUCAGUUACACCAGUACAUCAUUAGGGAAAGUUUCAUCGGAAAAAUCAGCGGACGGCACAGAAAGCACUGUGAACGUAAAAAGCUUCCAAGAACAGCAACCCAGUCAAAACCCGUCACAAGCAAGCGAUUCUCAAGGAAACACAAAAACUUCAGCCACCGCUGAAGACAAAGAUGCCCCGUCCCUCACCAUCGUUACGAUGUUCCUUACCCUGGGGACGCUCCAGAAAGGGUACGGUGGCCUGUACAACACCCACGACAAGUACAAGCAGUGGAUGGCCACGUGGGCUUGGCUGACCAAUCACGUGAUCAUCUUUGUGGACGACGAAGACACGUUGGAGUAUUUCAAAAAAAUCCGAACCCAGCAGCCCGCCCACAGGACUGUGAUUGUAAAAAUAGACAGGUCACACCUCGACGCCUUCAAGAACCUGGAGAGGAUCAAACAAAUCUACAGCAACAGCUCAUACCCCAAACAUCCACCCAACACCAUCAACGCCAACUACAGCUGCACCAUGAGUGCUAAGUAUGACGUCAUGACCAUGGCACUGGACAUGGGACUGGUCAAGACAAAAUAUCUGGCAUGGAUGGACAUUGGUCUGUUUAGGAAUCUUCUGGAAGAGAGGCUGAAACCAAAGAACAACAGCUUCACCAUGGAGGUACCUGCAGACUUCAACAGCAGUCGAGUGGGGUUUACACAGGUGUCGUCAAGACAAGCCAUGGAGAGGCUCAGCCCGUGGGAGUACAUCAGAGAUAAUCAUGUCUGGGUGGCAGGGGGUCACGUGAUGGGAACUCACGAGGUCAUCCGCACGUUCAUCACGUCGUACAAAUAUGUAUCCCAGGAGCUGAUCAAGGCCGGCAUGUCCAGCACUGACCAGCAGGUGAUUGGAGCCAUGUACUCACCUCAGUUCCGGCACCUGCAGAAGGUGGACAUACAGGGGUACUCGUGUGUGGACGGACAGUUUGGUCUACACGGCUCAGACGUGCAGUACUUUUGUUUGAGUUAUAUAUGCAAGGAGGCGGGGGAGAAGGCUAAAAAUAGAACUUCCGCUUUGUAAAAGAGAUAAAACUGGAGAGUCCGUCCUUUAAAGAAUAUUGAUAAAGAUGAAAACAUAUCAAAUCCGCUGUUACUUUAACAUCAACUGUGAUAAUAUUUCUCUAACUGCUGAAAAGUCUUGUAUUUUUUCUAUAGAAGAUUCAAACUUUUUAAGUUGCACUAGUAUCUUUGUUUCGAUUUGAAUUUGACACGAUACGAUUUGUUGAUACUGCUUUUGUGAAUUAUAUUUUGCGAUAUUAUGCAAAUGGCCAGGAUAAUAUUUUGAAAUUUGAACUCAAAUUUCGGCGAAGUUUCAUCAUUUCCACGUCAUUUCGCGAUGACGCUGUAUUAUGUUGCUUUAACAGAGUUGUUAACGUUUCGCAGUAUGAUAAUUCACCUCCUUUUUUAAAAAGGUUAAUAACUUCUUUAUAUGCUUAAGAUUAAGCUAUGCGGAACAAAUAUAAUGUGAGUUCUAUAGACUGAUAAAACCAUUCCGUUAUUUUGGGUGAGAAUGCGGAAAUAGAAGCAUAUAUUUGGAUUUUAGGGGUGGGGGGUCUAAUCCUCCACAUUUGUACGAAAAUCCGCCCGCUUAUACAAAUAUGCACAAAGAAAUAGAACAAGCACAGCGUUUUAUAUAACAUAUGCACGUUACAAAUAUGCAAAUAAUAUCUGAAACUAUUGUAAUCCAAACGGUUUUUUUUUUCAAAAUAUUUAUAUAUAAACUUGAUAUUGCCUUUAAAAUAUUCGCUUGUUUACUGUAGCACCUGCUUUUAUAGCUCACCAAAGAUAUAAGUGUUUACGACAUUUUGUCUAGAUCGCGUGCACCAGUUAUUAAUGUAUGC